GAACAAAGGGCUGUAAGACACUUAAUAAGAUCUGAUCACAGGACAGUGAGGCCCAGCUGUUCAGAGCAGCGUCACAGGAGCUGCAGCACGUCGUUCAUCCUGACAACACCUCUGAGCUGCUUCUUCUUCUUCUUCUUCUCCUGCUCUUGGUUCUCUUAAAACAAACCUCAGCACAUCUCUUCUUUCAACUAUGCGUCUCUACCAUUGCACACAGGUGUCACAAAGACGAAAUGGAAGAGAGAGACAUCACUGCUGGAUGGUCCAACCUCACCAGGUGAUUGAGAGUCAACAACAGGAGGAUGGUGACCUCAUCAAGCCCAGGAAGCCGCCAAAUCCCAUCGUGGCUUCUCACCAACACAGAGCCCUUCACCAAGAGCUGCUCUUCUGCCACAGGCGAGGUCUCCUGCCGAGAAGAGAGCCGGAGCUGCAGCGUGUCCUGGAACACAAACAGAGAGAGCAGCACAAGCAGAGGGAGCUGGCUCUCCAUUCUCCCUCCGACUUGGAGGCGAAGCUUCGCACGAUGCAGCAGAGAUUACAAGUCUGUGAGCUUGAGGAGAAGAAAAGGAACGAGAGCCAGCAGAAUGUGCCGGAGUUCGUCCGAGUGAGAGGAACCUUGAAGCACGUCCAAACCUUUUCAUCAUGACAACCAGAGCAAAUAGUGCAGUUACAUCUGAAGGAUCGUCCUCUGCAGCUAUGGCAGACACUGUAGCCAUUUUUUAAAACCAAAUCUAUAUAAGAAUUUUUUUUAAAUUUUCAGUAUAAGAAAUUUGUAUUUUAGAUUAGGGAAAUGAUUUGUCCUUAGUCCAGCACUCGAUAGUGCUAUCAUAUCACUAGCAUUUUCUACUAAAAUUAUAUGUGUGCUAAAUGUAAAAUGUAUUCAGUAGUAAGGUAUCAGAAAUGCAGCCCAAGCAACCUCUCUUUAAAACUAAGAAUUACUGGAGGCAUUAAAGCAGAAAACAGGUAAAACCUAGUGCACUCAUAGAUUUAGAAUAAUUUAAUAUUUUCACUUUGUACAUGUCUUCUUGUAUUCCUCUAUUAAUACAAAUAAACACUAUUUGUCAUA